UUGGCCGCCGUAGCCUCGCGAGAGCUGGCGCUAUAAGCCCGUGCGCGGCUCACGCGGCCGCCUCUUUUCCUGCCUCGCCAAGAUGGCGCCGAAAGUCAAGAAAGAGGCUGUCCCGGCUAAGACCGAUGCAAAAUCUAAAGCUCUGAAAGCCAAAAAGGCAGUCUUGAAAGGUGUCCACAGUCACAAGAAGAAAAAGAUCCGGACAUCCCCCACCUUCCGGCGGCCGAAAACCCUGCGGUUACGGAGGCAGCCGAAAUACCCCCGGAAGAGUGCGCCGCGGAGGAAUAAGCUGGACCACUAUGCCAUCAUUAAGUUCCCACUGACCACCGAAUCGGCAAUGAAGAAGAUUGAGGACAACAACACCUUGGUCUUCAUCGUGGACGUGAAAGCCAACAAGCACCAGAUCAAGCAGGCCGUCAAGAAGCUGUACGACAUUGACGUGGCCAAAGUCAACACCCUGAUCAGGCCCGACGGGGAAAAAAAGGCCUACGUCCGUCUUGCUCCAGAUUACGAUGCACUGGAUGUGGCCAACAAGAUUGGGAUCAUCUAAGCAGCACGCGGCCGGAGUUGUGCAAAUUGCUUUCUCAGUGCAUGUGUACAAAGAGUUGUAGAAAUAUAACCCCAGAAGAGUUUUGUGCAAAUUUGUACAAAGAGUUUUACAAUAAAAACAACAACCCCACAUCUCCGAUA